UGGCUAUUUAAAUCAAACAAACGUGAAUUGCAACAAGUCAGGGUUAUGCUGCUGGGUUCCCUAGGCUUGUUGCAUUGGCCAAUGAGCAGAUAGUUCACUGGUUUCAGCAAUGUUGCUGAUGAUUGGGCAGGGUUAGAUGCGAAGAUGGCGAUCACUACAGUGGAGCAUGUCGUAGCAGAUGCUGGAGCUUUCCUAAAGAACGCGCCACUCCAGGAGUUUGGAAAAAACAUCUACACACUAAGGGAGGUUGUGAAUGAAAUACGGGACAAGGAAACUAAACGAAGGCUGGCAGUUUUACCAUACCAGCUCCAUUUUAAAGAACCGUUUCCUGAAUAUAUCCGACAAGUCACUGAGUUUUCCAAAAAAACUGGCGAUUACCCGAGUCUCUCAGCAACUGACAUUAAGGUUUUGGCACUAACCUAUCAGCUUGAAGCUGAGUUUGUGGGAAUUGGCCACUUGAAAAAAGAACCUGCACAAAAAGUUGAAGUGCGUACCACCUUAAGACACCCAGAGUCACUGAUCAAUAUAGCAGGCUUUCACCUGCCAUCUAAGCGGCACCAAGCAAAAGAUUCCCCUAAGGAAGAUUGUUCACUCCCUUUGGAUGCAGAGGAAGCUUGCCAUUCCACCAGAACAAAACAUUCUAGUGAAUUGGCUGUGGCUGAUCUAUCAGAAUUCAAUGCCUUUCAAUAUUGGAGAAACCCACUACCGAGCAUUGAUGAAGAUCUUCAAGCCUUCCUGAACAAAGAGAAUAUCUGCAUUUCAAGAGAGAGACCAUUUAAGCAACACCAAGAAGAACAGCAUGAAAGUGAAGAGGAGGAAGAUGAUAACAAUGGGUGGAUAACACCUAGUAAUAUUCAGCAGAUCCACCAGGAUAUGGGCUGUUCUGAGACAAUAGCAAAUGUCAAAGUUGGUUGUAUGACUACAGAUUUUGCCAUGCAGAAUGUCCUUAUUCAGAUGGGGCUUCAUGUGGUUUCGUUAAAAGGAAUGCUUAUAAAACAAGCAAGAAACUAUAUUCUGCGCUGUCAUGCAUGUUUCAAGACGACAGCUAACAUGAACAAGAUAUUCUGCCCAAGCUGUGGCAACAAGACUCUGAAGAAGGUCUCAGUGACUGUAAAUGAGGAUGGCAGUAUUCAUAUGCAUUUCUCUAAAAACCCAAAAGUGCUGAAUGCACGAGGACUGAGGUAUUCUCUCCCAUUGCCACAUGGUGGGAAACAUGGCAAUAAUCCACAUUUGAGUGAAGACCAGAACUUUCCUCAGCAACGACUGUCCAAAAAAGCUAGACAGAAGACAAAUGUCUUUGACCCAGAUUACACUGCUGGGGUUUCUCCAUUUGUGGAGAAUGACAUCUACAGCAGAGCUGCCCACCUCAACAUUCGGGACAACAGAAUUGGAGCUGGGAGGAAGAGGAUGAACCCAAAUGCUGUAACAAAAAAAUUUGUUAAAAAAUAAAUAUUUUUUCCAACUAUUAGACUCCAAUAUUUCAGUGUCAUGCUAGGAUUUUCAAUCAUUAUGUUGUAAAGCUAUUUAUGUAUAAAGUAAAUUCAAUGAAGGUUGUUAAAGGAUGUUCAUUAUUGAACACCCUUUUUGUCAACAAUGCUCCCUGAAUAUAUGACUCUUGCAGACAUUUUCUGAAGUUGUUUGAAACCAGUAACCCUAUAUGUGUAUAAUGUUUUCUAUAAAAGGUAUAUUUAUACUUGUGUUGCUGGGGAAGACGGUUUAGCAGUCAACAUUGUGUAUGUUUUCAACCACAUCCUUCUUGCCUCAUUAGUUUAAAAAUACUCCUGUGGACUUGACCCCUGAUAACCUUUGUCUAUAUUCUAGUGUUUGCAAACUUCAGUAUAAAUAAAUUUAAUACAUUCACUUUUUUUUUCUUGUUAAUUUGUUUCAUCAAACUUUGUUUUUUAGAAGUUUCCCUUUAAAUAUAUCUAAUAUGCAUUUAUGACAGCUUAUUGGUUCAGUAACUUCCAAAGUUGUUGCUUUCCUGACUUUUUUUAAUUCUAUUUGACAAACAUUUAAAAAUGAUACUUAAUCAUAAUAUUGUCAUUGCCUGGCUGUUUAUGGAAAAAAGGAUGCUGAAUGAAGAUUAUCUAAAUCCUUUGGGGAGGGGUACCAGCAUUUGUUUAAUGUAUGCUCUACAUUAGAAAAGCAUCUUUGUGCACAUCACAGUAAAAAAAAAAAUCACGUGCACACCUUUUUAAAUUCAUAUCAUUUCAGAAAAUGUUGAGGCUUUGUACAGAAGGGGAAUCUCAGAUUUUGCAGCAUGCUCCAGGGUUUGCACCUGUUAAUUGUGUGGAGUUCUGGAUUGAUUACCAUAUAUAGAUAGUUUAAUGGAUAAUAUUAAACUUAACUGUAAUAUCAAUGUCUGAUUAUGUAAAGACGUAGAAAUCCAGUUAGUUAAGCCAUUCCCAUUUCACUUGCAAUGCCAUAGUUUCCUCAGGUGAUGAUAAAAAUAAGAAGUGCAUCUUGCUGAGCAGAUUUCACCCUUUCAUCACUAGCAUUGCAUCAAUUUAUAAAUGGAAAAACUACAUUCUAAAGCACCUUUUCAGCAUAAUGAAUGCAGUAGCUGCGUUAAUUAAAGUAGCAAUUAUUUUGCGGUGGUGGUAAAUGUAAUGACAGAAGAUUAAUUUAAACCAAAUAGAUUUUAUAUUUUCAAUACAAUAUUUAUGUGGGCGAUGUUUCAUAUGAUUGCAAAAAUCACAAAAACCAAAUACAUUUCUGAAUGCUUUUAAUGUGAAUGGAAUUUUGCAAAUUAACUUGUAGGUCAAUGAAAAGUUAAAUAUUUUAUUCACUGUUUUACAUUUUAAAAAUAUUCUGUAACCUUUAGUAAAUCUGGAUAAACUUA